UGGUUCACUAAAAGUCAACACGAUUUGAUUUUUUAGGAUGUCUUUUCGAGAAGAAUCUGUUGUACAAGGCGAAGCAAUAGAAUCAGACGAUGAAUUUGAGGCAUAUCAAAAAAUCUCAAAUUAUGAACAUGAAACCAGCGAAUAUCAAGGCACUGUGUUUAGUGGCGAAGCACCCGAGUCUGAUGACGAAAUAUUUGCUUUUUCGAAUGUGAAAUUAGGAACAGACCAAAACAUGACUGAAUCAUCACCAACAAAUCACAAACGCCGAGAACCUUUUGAAGGAAACUCUGUUUUACAGAAGAUUUUGGUCGACCGAAAUUACUCAUUUUGGAAUAAUCUCAAUCAAACUAUACAACAUACAGUGGUGACAGCAUCAAGUCAAAUUUUGGCAGCUGAAGAACUCUUAAUCCAAUCACAAUUAAAGAUUCAGGCAGCAAGCAGAAGCAUUAAGCAGGCCAAUGAAACAGCUGAUGAAAUUUUAAUCAAAUGCCAAGAUAUUUUAACGUCGGAAUUUUUACCUGAUAUUAAAAUUCCCACAUAAAUGAAAGAAUUUUAAUUCUGUUAAUUAUCGGAAAUCAAAAACUAACGAAACAUUAUUCAUCGAAUUCUUGUAUUAUCCGUUUCCAAAGCUGUCAUACUGAAUUAAAUCCAAAUGAGAUAUGUGAAAAUUACUCGAAGAAAACCGAAGAAAAUAAAAUAAAAAAUAUACUUAG